AUGGCUGCCAAAUCUAAGAAGGCCGCAUAUAAAGAUCCAUCUGAUGAAAAUGCUGAUUAUCUCGAACCUUUACCUUGUGAACGUGAAACAGUGGUAUCCAAUCGAAAGAAAUCGUCUGAAAAAUCAUCUCGUAAACCUUCAGUAGGAUUUUUCGGAUCAGCUUAUCUACUAAUUUCACUUCUGCUUUUCGCUGGAGUUCCUUUAUCACAAUUUGUAAUUGGCUUUAUUUACAUUGGUCAAUGUACUAUUCGACCAUUUAUAUUUAUUUAUAUGAUUCUUAGUGGCGCUUUUGGUAUUGCGUUUGUAGUUGUUGGUUUAAUCAUAUACAUGCAAACUAAUAAAGAAGCACCAAUAAUGCCUUAUGGUGGUUCUAGAUCAAAUCAAAUGAUAUUAAAAGUUCUCUUUCCAAUCUUUCUUAUUCUUUUUCUAUGUGUUAUUGGAUGGUUUAUUGCCGGACAAGUUAUUGUAUUUGAAGUGAAAACAACUGUGGAAUUGUUUGAUCCCGUAUUACCUGAAUAUUGCCAUGGAAAUCUAUAUAAACCUGCAUAUAUACUUAUUUUUGUUGAUUAUUUAAUUAUUCUUUUUGUUAUUAUAAUUAAUAUAGUGGGAUGUAUGUUGUCGUCUGAUAAAGGGGAGGAAAAGAAACCGAAACCGAAACCGAAACCGAAACCAAAACGUCCAAUGCAUCCUACACGGAAAUAA